AAGCAACGCAUCUCUUCGGCCCGGCGCCAUGCCGCCAGUGCUCCGCAGACUGACUCGCUCUGUGCAGAGACGGAUGCAGUCCUUCUUCGAUGGCACCAACCGAGAGGCAGAUGAGAACCCAGAUCCCUUGCUGGACGUGGUGCAGCAAUACCCAAUUGAGGCAGCAUGGUUCAUCAAGGUGGUGAUGUUCUACGGCAGUGUGUCCAGCUUGGCCACGAUUGUGCCCUGCGGACUUUUCCUCUUGGCGUUUUGGGAGCCAUGCAGGCUCUGCAAUCGGCCGCUCCGGUGUUGGCUUGCAUUGCACUGCUUGCUGCAGCUGAUGCAAGCGCCAGUACGUAUCGUUUUCUACCUGCGGGUGCGUGAAAUUCAGCGCUUGGACGGUGACAUCCAGGAGUGCAUGCGGCAACUGACUCAGGCACCGGCAUGGCGUACUAGCAAGUUCGUGUCCAUUGCCAGCUACGCUUGGUUCGUGCUUGGAGUGGUGUGGCUCCUGAACUCCACCUACUGCGACUCGUGUCCUGGGCUCUACAGGCUUUCGUUGGGGGUGGUUGUAGCCUCCUUCUUGAAGCUGCUCAUGACUCUGGUGGUUUUUAAUCGAUGCUUUCCGGUCCGUGGCGAGGCUUCUCUGCAAGCAAAGCCUCGAGGGGCCACUCAGGAGUUAAUCGACUCGUUGCCUCUCUUUGAAUUCGGAGUCGAGGAGGUUGAGGUGCGGCGGGAAGGUCGACGUCGUAGCGACAGCAGCUGUGCCGUUUGUCUCUGUGAAUUUGAAGGUGCCGAACAACUGCGACGCCUGCCUUGCAACCACAGCUUUCACCAAAGCUGCAUCGACCGCUGGCUGCGGUGGAAUCAGGUUUGCCCCUUGUGCCUGCGCGAUGUCCAGGCGCCGGCGGACGCUUCCUUGAGUCGCAAGUUGAAAGAGGUGAAAUCCGACUGAAAAACCUAGUUUUGGUCAUCGCUCCGCUAGCAGGAUCCAGACUUGGCCUGACACCAGGAAAAGAUCAUCAGACACAAGUUCUGUGGUGAAGAUCCUGUAAUUUUCAGUUGUUUUUUGGCUAUCUUGAGAAGUGGUGGG